AUGAGUGGAAGAGUGAAAAAGGAAGUAGAAGAAACAGAUUUGCCGUGUAAUGAAGAUAAACCGAAAUCUGUCGAAGACGGAGACGGUAAGCAGAAGAGUCCGAUGGAGAUGACAGCCAAGCGUCUUAAGAUUAAGAGAAAAUAUUCUGAUUCCAAACUUAAGUUUGUGAUAUCAGGUCAUGCAGGGAAGUGUAUCUGGCAGAAUAAGGCUCCGGUUGAAAGAUCUAGUGCUGUUGGAGAAAUUAAGUCAUCUGCAAUGACUCGGGCAGAAGAGGUUCAAUCUAAUCUAGAACCGGCAUUCCCUAGCUUUUUGAAAUGUUUGGUCAGAUCACAUGUUGCUAGUUGUUUUUGGAUGGGGCUUCCUGGACCAUUCUGUAGAGCACACUUACCUCACGUGGAUGCUACUGUGACUUUGCAAGAUGAAUGUGGGAAGGAAUUCAAGAUGAAAUACAUUGCAUAUAAGACAGGCUUGAGUGCUGGUUGGAGACAGUUCUGUGUUGCACACCAAUUGUUUGAGGGGGAUGUAUUAGUCUUUCAAUUAAUCGAAUCUUGCACAUUUAAGGUGUACGUAAUAAGGGCCAAUGAUUUGACCGAAGUUGAUGGUGCUCUAGGAAGGGACAUUGCUGGCUGUAAAAGUUCAAGGAGGAAGCGUCCCAGGUCUCUUCCACUAGCUAUUGUCCAAAAGAAGAAUAAGAAGUCUGGCCAACCGAGACCGUCAGAGCCACAAGCUGGCCAACCUGCUGAGCAAUCUGAAAAUGAUAGUGAAGAGGUCGGUUCAGAAGUUCUAGAAGGUUUCAAGUUAUCGUUACCUGCUGUUCAAUUUAAAGACAUCAAAAGCUUCGAGGAUUUCAACAUUCUGGUUGAUGGGUUAGUUUUAGAUUCGGAACUUCCAGAAGACAUUCGUAGUAAGUACUACAAACUCUGCUGCAGUCAGAAUGCAUUUCUUCACGACAAUCUUAUCAAGGGAGUUAAUCUUAAGCUGAUUGCUGGGAUCAUUUCUGAAACUGUUAAUAUCGCUGAUGCCAUGAGAGCUUGUACUCUUACCACCUCACGAGAUGAAUUUGCUACCUGGGACAAAGCUUUGAAGGCUUCUGAGCUUUUUGGCAUGGAUGUUGGAUUUUUACGUGCCAGGCUAAGUCGGCUUUUAAGCCUUGCCUUUGAUUCAGAUGGUGCCACAAAAACAAGGAGGUAUAUAGAAGCUAGAUCCGAACGAGUACAAACAGAGGAUGAGAUAAGAAAUCUGGAAGCAAAGCUUGUGGAGUUGAAGGAAGCCCAUGAAAGACAUGGUGCUGAUGUUCAAAGGUUCAAGUCGAAAGCUGAAGGGUAUGAACUCAAGUUCCAGGAAGAGGUUCUUGCUCCAUGGUGA